AUGAACAUCUCAUUAAUUGUAUUUCAAUUGACUUUAUUAUUAAAAUCCCAGUUAUCCGUGGCUCAAUUGCAAGUGCCACCAAUUACUUCAGCGAUAACUCCAUUUGAAGAUCUCAGCAUUGAAGUUUUUAAAAAAUUUCUUGAUUCGAUUCCAGUCUCAGGAGAUGUUCCUGACUAUGAUUCAAUGCAAAAAGUAUCUGGAAAAGCUUUCAAUUCAGAAAUGGUUGAAACUGCAAAUCAACUAAGUACAAUAAUUGCUUCACCUCUUGGACCGAUAGCGUCUCCUUACUCGCUUGAUGUUGAUCGACCAUCCAACAAUAACAAUACCUAUGAUUAUGUGAUUGUUGGAGCUGGAGCUGCUGGCUCAACAGUAGCUGCUCGAUUAACGGAAGAUCCGAAUAUUCGUGUCUUAGUUAUUGAAGCUGGUGGAAAGGAGAAUAACUUUAACAACAUUCCUCUAUUUGCGUUGUUACAACAAAGAACACUAAUCGACUGGGGAUAUUUUUCAACACCUCAAACUCGAUCAGCUCAGGGUUUAAAAAAUCAUCAAAUUUCAACAUCUCGAGGUAAAGUAGUUGGUGGCUCUUCAUCUAUAAACUUCAUGUUAUAUGUAAGAGGCAAUCAAUUAGAUUAUGAUAAAUGGCAAGAGUUAGGUGCUGCCGGUUGGAAUAGUUCAGCUAUGAAUCCAUACUUCGUCAAAAUGGAAGAUUCAAGAGACUCGAAAAGGGAACCAGGCUACCAUGGUACUAAGGGUCCAAUGACAAUCUCAGAACUAAACGAUCCUUUCGAAGCAGACACAGCUAUUUUAGAAGGAGCCCGUGAAUAUGGGUUUAACAUUGGAGACUACAAUGGUGCAGAUCAAAUGCGAUUCCAAUAUGGUUCACAUUAUAUUCGAGAUGGAAGACGCUGUUCAACUGGUCGUGGUUACUUAGGACCUGCUUCUUCUCGUCGCAAUCUGGAUAUUCUGUUGCAUUCACGAGCUGAUAAAAUUAUAUUCAAUGGAAAGCGAGCGAUUGGAGUUGCAUUUACAAGCAAUAAGAAAGACUAUCAAGUCUUUGCUAGAAAUGCAGUCAUCAUUAGUACUGGUGCAAUAGCAACUCCUCAACUGUUGAUGUUAUCAGGAAUUGGACCGAAGGAUCAAUUGGAAAAAUUCAAUAUUCCAAUAGUUCAUGAGUCUCCUGGAGUUGGCAAUAAUUUACAAGAUCAUCUAUUCACCCUUCUUCUCUUCAGGACUAAUUAUGGGACAAGUUUUGCAGUCGAGCGAGUUGAUACUGUAAAAAGUUUAGUUGAAUAUGAAACGUCUCAUACUGGACCCUUUGCAUCCUCGGGAUUGAAUGUGAACGGAUUCUGGAGAAGCAAAUAUGCAGAUGAUUCAAGACCAGAUAUUCAAUUUCAAGCACAGAGUAUUAGUUUGGGAAACGCACUUUCAAGUUACUACUUAAGUUAUCUGUUCAAUAUAAAUAGGGAAACUUACGUUAAAUAUGUUUUGCCCAACACCAACAAAGAUGCGACCAUUAUACUAGUGACCUUAGUUAGGCCUCGAAAUACUGGUACAAUUAAAUUGGCUUCUUCUGAUAUCAAAGAUUCUCCUUUGAUUGACUUCAACUUUUUCACUGAUCCUCGUGAUCUGGAUGCUACAGUUGAAGGAUGCAAAUUGUUUCUCAACAUAUCAAAGACAGAGGCUAUGAAAUCGAUCGGAGCAGAGCGUUUCGAUUCCCCACUACCUGGUUGUGAACAAUAUCCAUUAAUACAUAAUGUAUUAAAGCAUAUUUCGUGGUUGAUGCAUACUUUCACUUCAAAAUUAAGUUAA